AUGGCGUUUGGAAUUAAACUCAGUAAAGGGUUGCAGUGGACUAAUGUUACCGCUGACAAGUUAAAUUUGAAAUCACUCAGAGUAGCGAUAAUCGGAGGAACUGGGGGAAUUGGUCAAAGCUUCAGCCGACUUUUUCAAAGUAAAGGUGCUGAGGUCAUUGUGGUAGGUCGGACAUUUAAAGACGGCGACUUGAAAAAUGUUCAGUUCAUCAAGGCAGACCUGGACUUGAUGUCAGAGGCUAGGCGAGUGUCACAAGAACUCGCAAAACAGCCACUAGACUUGGUGAUAUUCACUACAGGUAUUUUUGCUGCUCCCACUCGCGAGGAAACAGCUGAGGGCUUGGAGCGCGAUAUGGCCGUAAGCUAUCUCAGCAGACUAGUGAUCAUUCGCGGAAUUUUGCCUACGCUUGAGAAAAAUAGCACUCAUAUGUUCAAAAGGCCGAGAGUCUUCAUUGUUGGGUUUCCCGGCACGGGAGAGCUGGGAAAAGUUGAUGAUUUGAAUUCGGAGGGCAAGUAUAGCGCAAUGCAAACACAUAUGACCACAGUGGCAGGUAACGAGGCUCUCGUGCUCGACUCUGCACAGCGCUAUCCUAAAAUUGGAUUAUAUGGACUAAACCCGGGUUUGAUAAAGACAAGCAUCCGGAACAAUUUCUUAGGCGCUGACAGCUGGAAGUCAUGGGCGAUUGAGGGUAUCAUUGGUCUGUGGUGCCAGAAUGCCGAGCAGUAUGCGCUUCGCAUGCUUCCAAUGAUGGUAUCCUCUGACUUGGAGGCGCACAGCCCUGCCUUCUUCAACAACAAGGCCGAGGCUAUCCAAUCUCAAAAGUUCACUGAGCCUUAUGUCAAGGAAUUCAUUGGCAACUCCGAAGAGCUCGUGAGAAAAUCAGGGAUACCUCUAGAUUGA